GAGCUUUACUUUGACAAUAACAGUCCUUACAAAUCCCCCCCAAGUUGCUACGUACCACAGAGCUAUCAAGGUUACAGUGGAUGGACCCCGGGAACCAAGAAGGCACAGACAGAAGCUUGAUGACUCUAAACCUAGUUUGUUCUCUGAGCGCCUCAGUGAUUUAGGGCGCAUCCCUCAUCCCAGUAUGAGAGUAGGGGUCCCGACCCAGAGCCCACGGCCCUCCCUGAACUCUGCACCAAGCCCUUUUAAUCCACAAGGACAGAGUCAGAUUACAGACCCUAGACAAGCACAGUCUUCCCCUCCAUGGUCCUAUGACCAAUCUUACCCAUCAUACUUGAGCCAGAUGACGUCACCGUCCAUUCAUUCCACAACUCCCCUGUCCUCCACACGGGGCACGGGGCUUCCUGCCAUCACCGAUGUGCCCAGACGGCUCUCAGACUCAGAACCUUGUACCCCUGAUACACCCUCUGCCACGGCCUCCCCGUCAUCUUCUGAAGAGCCUACCCCUCUCACAGCCCCUCCCUCUCCAUCCCCGACGUACGACUGUGAGCCCCCCACCUUUUCGCCACCAUUGUCGACCUGUGCCUUGGCCUUGAAUACCGAAAUGACCUCACAGACAUCGACCUCUGCUGCACCUAACCCGUCCUCGGUGCCCAUCUCCACCCUUCAGCCUGUGCUUCUGUCUACUCUUCCACCUGCCACCGCUGCCCCAGGUAACAUUUACUCACCUGCAGGGGCUGCCAUUUCCCCUAGCCAUGCUCCACAUCUCGUUGACUGGCUUCCCUACCUCGCUUCUGUGAUGACCACCACCAUGCGUGGCAAGGAAGAAGUGCAGCUGCCUAGUGGGACCAGCCUCGCGGAAAGCAUGAAGAGGUGCGGAAGCACUUUGCUGCCUGUCCUGAGCGAGGGGGGGAGCGUCCAAGCCGGCUUCAUCAAGCAGCAGCCCCCGGAAUCCGUGGCCUCCCCUCCGCCUUUCUCGGACAUCCCUCCGCAUUCCGGUCAGGCUCCCGCGACGCUCAGGGACAUCCUGGCAGAGCUGCAGACAAUGAACGGCCACCUGGCCAUCAUCGCAAGGGCGCUCAGCCACCUGGCCUCAUCCUUGGCUCCCCAGCAGGAUUCUGCAAACACUCCAGGUCUGUAAGCGAAGGGCACCUCUAGGUAGGGUCCCGAACCGUUGGGAGGGAGCUGGAGUUCGCUUGGAAGUACAACUGAUCUACAAGCAAAGAUCAGUUCCGCUGGAGAAAACGCCUGCUUUGGAGGAUGGAUUGGAUGGCACCAUACCCCACUGAGACCAACCCUUCCCCACCCCCCCCCCCCUCCCCUUCCUAGAUCCACAGGAAUGUCCCUACCUGGAAUCCCCUACCUCUAGGCCUUCUCAUUUAAUAGUCUCUUUGACAGACUUUUUUCAGGAAAGAAGAUAAUAUGGAAGUGAGAAAUGCAGCAGGUAUUUGAAGGAAUGGAUAAGGAAAAGCUGCCUUCUUUUUCUACUUCUGCCGAAAAGCAGAUCUGGAAACAGUUCUGGUGUUCAAUAAAGUUGUUGAUGUUCGUUA